AUGUCUUCAAACGCGCAGAGACAUUGCUAUCCACUAGAUAGCCCACCACCAUUGACUAAUCUCAUGCCUUUCAGACUAAAAUCCAACAAUGCACCAAAGCUUCAUAGUAGAUGGAGCGAACCCAUUCCCUCCCUGAUACCACAUAGAAGAUUGGGAAACGGGGCUUUUGGCCUUGUAUGGGAAGUUACAAGGCCAGACAUUGUCAACGAAAACGGAGAAGAAGUAAAAUAUGCUGCUAAAAUAACUAGAAAACCCGAGUCUCAAGACAAAUACUCUAAACAAUUAGCCCAAGAAGAUGAAGAGUGGGUGAGAAGUGAAGCUCGAAUCAUGAGGGAGCUUAGCCAUCCUAAUGUGGUGGCGACCUCGAGAAGCGCAUUAAGUCAGAAGGACCUUUUACAGAGAGAGUCGCAAAGCAUUAUACAUGAUGUGAUUAGGCAGCUCCUAAAUGCAGUGGCUCACUUCGAUACAAAUUACACCUUACACAGAGACCUUAAACCAGGCAAUCUUCUGUUUAGAACCUACAGUACUUCCUCACGUUCAUCUGACUCUUCAUCUUCCUCAUCUUCAUCAAGUGCGAAAAUGAAAGAAGGACUUGUUGUGGGUGACUUUGGCAAUGCGAGAAGAAAUGAAAGGCGCAAAGCACAUAAGUUAUGUGGAACGAUUGGAUAUUUAGCUCCAGAACAGUCCAAAGGAGAGUACACGACCAAAGUUGAUAUGUGGUCGGUAGGGUCCAAGCAAAGCAAUGGCAAUGCAGAGGAUUUUGAGAUAGUAAUGACAAAUGAAAUGGUAGAUGGGAUAUUCAUUACUUCAAAUCUCUGGAAAUUCUGCUCUGAAGAUGCUAAAAACUUUGUUCGGAAAUGCUUAGAGGUGGAUCCUGACAAAAGAAUGUCUGCACAUAAGGCACUAAGCCACCCUUGGCUUCGUGAAUACAGGAGGGACACGGGUAAUAAUGUGGAAAUCCCUAUUAGGUCAAAACAACUAUGGAGCAAAGGUUUGUCUUCUGUACAGCAGAAAGCUUCAGAAGCUUUGCAGGAGAAAGCUAAAGGCACAGCAACUUCAACUGAUCCUAGAAAGGUACAAGCUAUGAGUUCCAAAGAUAAUGGAAAAGGAGGUCAUAAGCAUAGAGGUACUAAGUAG